AUGGCUUCUACAACGAGUCUCUUUUUUAUGCCACCAACAAUGAUUCGACCAGCUACUAUGUCAACAACGUUGAAAGCAAAACGACGUUGUUGUAAUUCGUUUUUCAUAACUGAUAUCCUCGGUAACUGUAGUCGUUCAACGUCACCAACAUCUGCCAAUGCAAAUCGCACCAAUCUCCGAACGAGCGCGGUUAAAAAUAGUGAAAGUGGCGAUGACGACGAUCCUAUGCUACACGACAGCGGUGAUGAUGAUGAUUCAGAUCUUGGAGAUGAAACAAGUACAUCGGAUAGUGGUGGUGGCGUGGCAAAUGGCAAUUGUCAUGGGUUGAAUGGUAGUACAUUGAAGACGAAUAAGAAGCCACGCAAAGCACGUACGGCAUUCACUGAUCAACAAUUAAAUUGUUUAGAAAAGAGUUUCGAACGACAGAAAUAUUUAAGUGUACAAGAUCGAAUGGAACUUGCUGCUCGAUUGAAUCUUUCCGAUACACAAGUCAAGACAUGGUAUCAAAAUCGAAGAACUAAAUGGAAACGACAAGCAGCUGUAAGUUUAGAGUUUUUCGAACAACAAGGAAGCAUCGCCGCCGUUCAUCGAUUACUUCAACAUCAUCAUGCUACCAACGGUGUUAGCAAUCCACACUAUCCACUAUGGUAUUCACCUUAUUUAACAUCGAAUGCGAACGAUCCGCUAUUCGCUCUUCAACAACGUUUAUCUCGAGACACGAAUAAAUCAUCGUCCGAAUCCUCCUCAUCGGCGAUUAUCAGCCCGAACAAAUCUGUAUAA